UAACGUUAGCCGCUCGUCCGCACACUUGCUUGCACACUGCCACCCCACCCGCCACCGCCAUUGCGGCUUCUCGCCCGAGCUCCCUCCUUCCUCUCCCUUCUUCCAUCAUCUCCCCCGGUGGAAACAGCGAAGUCUCUCUCAUCUGUGGCUGCAAGGCCACUACAGACCGGCACUAGCAUCUUCGCGGUAAUCGCCAUGCCUCCGAUUGCGGCAGCGUCUGCGCCGAGCUCGCUUCUUCCGCUGCGCAUUGCGCGCCAGGGGAUUAGGGGAGGACAAGGCUGGGGAGAACGAUCUCUGUACGGCUCACAGUCUCGGAGGGCUACGCGUGGCGCCACUAUUUCUGCAAGAGCUUCCAUGAACAUAACCUGCUGCGCAAACCAGACACAAACUGCACAACGCAAAUCGUAUUCAGGACCUACCUCUCCACCAUCAGGUUCAGUCAAAGAGAAGGUGAAGCCAAGGCUUGAUGAUGGAGGUGUCGGGUUCCCACCGUUCCGGUUCGGUGGCGGUGGAGGAGGUGGCGGCGGAGGGGGCAGCAGCUCCUCCGGUGGGUUCAUCCUCUUUGUGAUCGUCCUGCUCCUGGACUACCUGAGGGAGUUUGAGAGGAACCUGCAGAACGGGUCACGGAGGGGUAGUGACUAUGACAACGGGCUGGCACCACAAUAGCUUGCUCCCUCUCAAUGGUUCCAAAGAAAACAGAGAAGAGCACGUUGUAUUGCAUAGACACUUCGGCUAGGGAAUGUAUCGGAAGAAUGUGAAUUUGGUUUUUGAGAAAUGACAGUGAAGUAGAAACUUCAUCCAUUUGAUCGAAUGUGCGAUUAAACAACAGGAGUGUUAGCACUUGCACGUCAAAGUAA